GUUCUGUGAUUGAGAUUGUAAAAAACCUCAUUUUGCACAAUGUCUAAAUUUGUCGUACUUGCUUUAUGCGGUGUUUAUCUUACAAUUUUUGCUGCAGUAUCAGCUCAAGAAGAGAGUAAUAAUACCGGCGACAUGUUUUUUUCAGUCAAUUUUAUUGAUGAAUGUACGCGCAUGGUAUUCGAUAUAAUUUCACGAUUCGUCAACGAAAGACAGCUUGAUAUCAGAAAUUUGGUGGCAGAAAUUACUGUAAGGAUUAAGGAUGCUAAUCGGGCUCAAAUAAUCAUAGAAAUCAUUAGAAGAUGUGCUGUGUCAGGAAUAAUAACAACUGAUCUCGAAAUUCAAAAUUUACAAAAUUGCAUCAAGAAGGAAUUGCAACAACGAUCAACUUAAUUUCACCAUGUGAUGAAUGGAAUUGAAUUAUACUUCGAAUAAUACACAAAAAUGCACUAAAUAAUAAAGAUUCACUGACUGCAAAGAAAUUUUGAAAUGGAAUUAAAAAUUUCUGCACAAAAAUAAGAGAACUUAAAAAUAAAUAAUAUUUAAAUAUAUACCUAUAUAAAAGCAUAAAGUUUUUCUUGUACUUCACAUAAACAAGCUAAACUUGCAUAAAGUUUACUUUAAAAUUUAUUAUCCUUCAUUAUUUCUAUGCCGUUAAGACUCUAGACUUUAGAGCUUCAAAGAGAAUUACGACCUUUAUAUGUUUAAAUAAAGAAGAGCGUUGCUCUUACAAGCAAUAGUGAUGUAUGUACAGCAUGCAGCUAGGUCUCGUCCAUAUCUCAACUACCGUCGAAUCGAUUUUAAGCUCAUGGGACACCAUAGGCGUGGACCAACCGGUGUCGCUGUGAGCUUUAGUACU